UCCUGCAAAAACUUCAGUGUUGUGGUUUUCACUAACCGUGUUGAAAAGUGAGGAGCAGGAAGCCCGGGCUGUUUGUCUUGAUGGCUAUGCUUUACAGUGGAGUAAGCAGCAGCAUUGUGCUGCAGAAAAUGUAUGGGAGGAUCACGUCCCCUAACUUCCCAAAUGUCUACCCAAAUCACAAGGAGAGAGUCUGGAAUAUUACUGUCCCCAAGGGAUAUUCUGUCCGCAUCUACUUCACCCAUUUCAAUCUGGAGCUGUCUUACCUGUGUGAAUACGAUUAUGUGAAGCUGAGCUCUGGUGGGAGGACCUUGGCUACACUGUGUGGAAAGGAUAGUACAGACACCGAGGAGGCUCCGGACAACAAGACAUACGUCUCCGCUGACAACAACCUCGUGGUAAUGUUUCGGUCUGACUACUCCAAUGAGAAACCAUUCACGGGCUUUGAGGCCUUUUACGCUGCCGAAGAUAUUGAUGAGUGCAAACAGCUGUUUGAUGGUGAACCCCUCUGCAAUCACCACUGUCACAACUACGUGGGGGGCUACUAUUGCAGCUGUCGGGUUGGCUACACACUGCAUGAAAACAAGAGGACAUGCACAGCGUGAGAUAAUUAAGCUUCUCCUCGCUUAGGCAGAGAUGGAGACAGAUGUGCUGGGAAGAGCUGGUUUGCCCUCCCUCCUGACCUGCCUGUUGCAGUCUGCCCAAGGGCUGCAGGCGUCUCUUGCUCUGUGACUUGUAUUCCUUGCCUUUCAGACCUGCCUCCUGCAGACAAUAAAGAGGCUGUUCCUUGUUGAAAGCUGAUGGCAGCCUCUGGGGCAUUUAUUUUCAUGCAUUUCCAUGUGUCACUAGGGAAAAAAAGAAGUUAGCUAAGGCAGGAGCUGAUAAGAAAGAAGCCAUUGUGA